UUUCACUAUCCAUAGUAAGCAGCAUUAUAACUCAUACUGUGUAUGACAACACAACUAUCUAUUAUCUUCCUGUAAGUCGGACAGUUUGUAAGCACCAGGCGGCAUUAUACGAAUGCAGAACAUAGAGAGGGAAAACCAUACACAGGACAUCCGACAAGUGAAAGUUCUGCAGAGCAACCGGAGACUAAGCAAGGGCUGCCAGCAGGCUAUAACCCAGGAGGCCGUGCCAACUUGCUAAGGUGAAGUAUAGGAAGAAGAGAUGGUGAGGACAGCCCGGGACGCCCUAGUGACCGCCCUGGAAAACUUGGAGAAGAAGGGACUAAAGAAGUUCAGGAACAAGCUGAAUGACUGGCCAAUCAAAGAGGGAUUUAGCAAGAUCCCAAGAGGCCAGCUAGAGGACAAAUGCCCUGAUGACGUUGCUAAUAAGAUCAGGGACUUCUACACGUUUCCCUAUGGGAUCCAGGUGGCCUUGGCUGUUCUAGAAGCUAUAGACGAGAAGGAAGUGGCGUCGGGACUCCUUGCAGACCUGAGAAAUGUGGAUGGCUUUGUGUUUGACCGAGCGAACUUAUCCUUGAGUGACCUGUAAAGUUACUCCUCUUCUCCCUGAACCCACCAGAGAGCACUUUGUGAUUGAACACCGGGGGGCUCUGUUAAGCCGGAUGUCCCUGGUGAGUCCGCUCCUAGACACACUUCUGCAGAGGAAACUGCUGACAUAUGAACAAUACGACGCUGUCCUCAGUAAGCCAACUAAUCAAGACAAGAUGCGAGAACUCUACAGCCAUGCCAGAUCCUGGGGGAACACAGACAAGGACAUGUUCUAUGAAGCCAUGAAGAAACAUAAUGCUCCUCUCAUCCGGGACCUGGAAAGUGCCUAAAGCUUUCCCCGAGUAAUAGUAAUGCAGCUACAGCGUCCUGUAUCUGCAGAGAUGUGCCGAGUGUCCCAUCACACUGUACAUUGGUGCCACCAUGGAAAUGCUCUAAUGGCCGAUACCACACAGCACAUUCCUCCUACGUGUCAUUCCACCUGGAAAUGCUCUAAUGGCCGAUACCACACACCACAGUCCUCACCAUUCCACCAUAAACAUCACAAUGGAAAGACAACAAGAUGGCCGAUAAUCCCUCUGUAUUUCUAUAAGCGACUGGGACAGUUACCUUACCUGAUAUAUCCCAUAACACGCCAAGUCUCAUGAAUCAGUAAUUAGCUAAUUAUUGCAAGGUUUUAACAUAAUUCCACACAAUGUGAAAAUGUAUGUUAUAGCUGCGUGGGAAAUAUUUCCUAUAUUGUCUUCAAACUUUUUACAAAAGAUGUAAAAUAAAAAUAAAAAAGACCUCGUACUGUA